CUCUCCAACUCUUGCCUUACUUUCCCCCUUUCUUUUCCCUCUCUAUAUCUUUCUGUGAUUUGCGCCCAGUGCGCUAGGCAUUGGCAGCCAUGGAUGACGACUUCACCUCCUUCUCGAUGGACGACGCUGACCGUGAGAUGACCCGACUCUGGCGCACAUGGAGAACCGUCUUUGAAAUGUUGCAGGAUCGCGGCUAUGAGGUUACAGAAGAAGAAGUGCAAAUUUCACUGGAAAAAUUCCGUCACCAAUACUCCGAUGAGUCGGGACGACCAGACCGAAACAAGCUGAAAGUUCAAGCCCGUCCUACAGAGGCCAUGAAGGCUAAAUACACACCUCUCCCCACCCCCUCCAACCGGGAUCCCCAGCCCGACUGUGGUACCAUCUACAUCGAAUUCUGCCCUGAUGACAGCGGUGUCGGUACAAAGCAAGUGCGAACCUUCAAUCAUACUGUCGAUGAAGGUAACUUUCACACGGGAAUUUUUGUCACCAGGACUCCUAUCUCUCCCUCCGCCGUCCGUCUGCUGAGCGGCAUUCCCGGCCGUAUUUGCGAACAUUUCCAGGAACAGGAUCUCCUCGUCAACAUUACCCGGCACGAACUCGUUCCCAAACACGUCCUUCUGAGCCCCGAAGAAAAGUCCCGCUUGCUUGCGCGAUACCGCCUGAAGGAGUCACAAUUGCCCCGUAUUCAGGUCUCAGAUCCUGUUGCCCGUUAUCUUGGUCUGCGCCGAGGACAGGUCGUGAAGAUCAUUCGAAGGAGUGAGACUGCGGGUCGGUACGCGAGUUAUCGCUGGGUCAUUUAAUUGUUCUUUGGGCUCCUACCUAUAUUGUUGUGGUAGCAAUCGCAGACCCCCCCCUCCCCC